AUGCGCCUCGGCGGCUACCUCGACCGCCGCACCACGCUCGCCAACCCCGCCAACCAGCCCACGCCACGUGUCUGGAUCCGCGAGCUCGGGUUCGUGUGGCAAGCGCUGGCCGAAGGCGAGGCGAACACUACCAAGGGUCGCAAGGAAAGGCCAGUACACAGUAUGCGAUUUGUGUCGCGCCGCGGACCGCAAGAGGCGCGAGGCGAGGGCUACUUGGCCGCCCUGGAAGUUGACGGCACCCUUGUUCCCAGGCUCAUGCUCGGCGACGAGCUCUCCCUCUUCGACGGCCAGGCUACCGUCACCAUGGACGCGCACGAGAAGUCGGGUCCGGGCAGUGCUGACGUGGACAAGUACACCAUCCGCAUCGAGGGCCUCCUAGAGGCCGAGAUCCGCGUGCGCGCCGCGCACCCGCUGCUACAGCGCGACGGCGACACGAUGGUGCAUCUGAAUCUCGAGCUGGAGCAGGUGCAUUAUUCCAUGGACGUGCAUGGCGUCUUGGGACAAAUGUACCGCGAUGAGGCUAUGGAGGAGGGGACUAACCUUGACUACUCGGUGAUAUCUGCUCUUUUAACUGACAGCGUCGGCGCUCAAAAGGCUACAGACGAGAACUCGACCUCGGACCAGAAGCAGCAGCCUCAAGGGUCUGAGGAAUCUAGGCAGACAGGGGGAUCGAGUUCGGUUUGGAACAGUAAGAUUCAAGGCUCCCCUAAGGACUACCAAGUGUCCGACAUUCUCCGUGCGGAUUGCAAAUUCGCCGUUUUCGGCAUGGAGCAGCCCGCUCCCGAGGAGUCCAAGGAGCAGUUUUUGGAUCUGGGCAAGUCUGACGUGGAGGAUGAGGGCGAAGGCUCCAACAACGGUGGCGACCGUGCUGCGGUUCUGGAGAGAAUUGGGGGAGCUCUGCGCACAGCUGCUUGA